CCAGGGCAAGGGAACCUUGGCGAGGACGAAUCAUCGUCGUCGCGGGUACAAUUACCUGGACCAUAUGGUGUGGCAGGCACAUCCAGGUUACCGGGUGAUGCACCCGCAUCGAAUGACGCGACGACCAGGGCGUCGUCGCGCGCCCAUAAGAAGGAACAUCCACCGCGAGGGCUGGAUUCAUCGGACUCAGGUGAACGGCGAUGUUCAACGACUACUGAUGGUAUCGAGACCGAGCCGGCGCGAGCGCAAGGAGGAGAUAUCUCCUCUACGAGAGGGGGUACUCUCUUGAGAGGGGAAGGGAGCGGGGCCUCGAACGGCCGCCGCUCGUUCCACAACACAACCAGUACAUCACACGAAGAUGUACUGGCCUCGGACCCGGCAGCGACACGGACGCCAAGCCGUGAGCUUGACGUACGGGCCACCCACGGGAACUCGACGCGAAUACCAGCUACUCGCACAUCGAGUAGUCGGCGCGAAGUGCAGGAUACGGCGCGAGUGGCCAGUACAUCAUACAAUGGUGUAUUGGGACCAGAUGUAGUCUCGGGCCAUACGUCCAGCGAAGUGAUCGACGUACGAGCUUCACGUCGGACAUCGAGACGUGUACCACCUGUACCACGCGCAUCGAGUGAUCAACUCGAAAUGCAGGAUACGGGUGACCGUCGCAGCCACGACAUCACUCGGGAAGCCAGUACCUCGCGCCGCGAAGUACUGGGACUGAACCGAGUGUCGACCGCACUGGAUCGUUCAGUAACCGUUGAUGUGAGUCGAUGGCCGAGUGACAAGAGGUCGCGCGAGGAAUGCUUCAGCCUCCUUGCAGACCAACUUGACCACGACUUCGACGAGGCCGAUGUUGCGGCGAGUGUUGGCGAGUGGGACAUCUGGGCUCACUGCAAGAGGUCAGCACUUAGCUGUGGGCAUGCCAUCGAGGAGAUGUCCCCGCGACCGGGGACAUAUUCUCGUGCAGCUCGUCGAGCCUGGGACCACUUCCAGAGGGAGUUGGAAGUGGUUCCACUCGAGUUCGAUCCUCGGCUUGUUGCACCACUUCCUAUGGAGAUGGUGCGACAUUGGGCCUACAACAAGCUGGGAUGGCUUGUUGUACCACCUCGUCAACAACCAGUGGAUGAGUCCGACUGGUACAACUCCUCUGAUGAGGAGCCUCGUACCAUGACUCGUGAGGAGUACCCUGACCAUGUUGAGUCAGAGUAUUCCUCCGAGUCCGAGCAUCUUAGCUCGUGGGAAUCACGAAGAUCUGGGUCUGAGGAGACCAACUCAGUAGUAGUCUCUGACUACUAUGAGCAGUAUGAGAUGGAGGAUACCCUCAGCUCUUCUGCACUAUCUGCCGAAGAUGAGGGUAACUCUGAAGAUGCUGACUACUACUCCGAGUCCGAGUAGUAGUUUACCUUAUGGCCUGCAUAACCUUGUCGAGUUAUGUACGACAAUGAUGAAUGGUUGUGUCUGCUCACUGACGCGAUCUAACAUGUCGUUGUCUACAGUUCAACAUCAUCUUUGUUUGCCAAUUGCUACCACCGUUGGGUUGUUGCAUAUGUCUCCUUUCAUUUUCCUUUUUCUAUCUGUUUCUCUGGUUAUUGCUGGGACCCGUGGUCGUGUCCAGUGGGGGAGGGUGUAACGGAUAUUCCCGUUACGGUAUGUCUUACAUUAAAUGUUUGUCUUUGUUUGCUCGAGGACUCGUAUGGCGCGCCAGUGCACCUACAAGUCCUCAGCCUUUACCUCGUCACCGCUUUGUAUGCACUCUGUAGAC